AUGGUGCCUACGGUCGACUACAUAUUUGUAUCAGAGUUCGACAAACUUAAGGGAGUGAUUGUGAAAAGGCAAUUUCCCUCAGCUCCGGCUGUUGACCAGCUGGAAGGGGUCAUUGACUUGCUCAUGCCUUUGAACAUGCAUAAAUAUCUAAACACUAUACAUUACACUGUCGUUCCCCUGUUUAUUGAUCCGGCAUCGGGGCUGCUUUCUUGGCAGGCACAGACCGAAAGUUACAAGAGGAUUUACCUCUACACGUUGAGUUAUUUUCAAGAAGACGAUUCCUACAGGAAUGGCACCGCUAUGGCUUUGUCGAUGCUAACUCGUCUGCCAGUAUUUGAUAUUUUCAAACCGCUAAUGACCUAUUUGCUUCACAAUCUUAUGGAAGCGCCCGAAAAGUUUGAUAAUAUUGGGUUGAUACUCAAAGAAUUGAACAAAAUCAGAAUUUCUGAGCUCAUAGACGAAUUCAGGUUGAACAAGCAUGCAAGAUUUUUGCUUAGCCGUCUUGAUGACCAGGACAUUUCUGUGCCUUCUCGCUUGACGGAGUUUACAAAAUCCGAUCGCUUUUUCCGGUCCAAUGUGAACCUUGGCAAGACCAAAUUUCCUCUUCAAAUUCCUGCAUUACCCCUGGUUUCGUCGUCGUGUGCUAUGUACGGUAUCGACCUGGCCAGAGAACGAAUUCUAAGGGAUUUCCUCAUCAAAAUUAAAGACCUAGAGCUGGUCCUUCCAAAAUAUUCCUCAUUGGUGCCAUACUCCUCGAUUAAACCACUACAUGUGAUUUUCAACGCUAUUCUUACAAAAAGGAAAAUUGUGCUCUACUCCUACGACUCAUGCUAUAACGACCUGAUGGAUAUCGUUCAAGCACUUCUUCUUCUUGUUGAUGGCGAUUAUCCAUGCUAUCCAAUUCUAGACGUUGCAGCUUUGGACAUUUCUUUCCAGCUGCCCCACUACAUUGUCGGCACCUCUAAUCUUCUACUCAAAGACCGUCUCCCGUGGGAUCUUUUUCUUAGUGUUGAUUCUAAUCGACUAUUAAUUCGAGAAGAAGAGGCUCCCUCUGAAAAGAAAACACCAAAGAGGCUUUCGACGGACUCAAAAUUCAGACAGCUCUUCAGGAAAAGCACUCCAUCGGUCUCGACCAUAAAAGAGGGCAUUGAUCACAUAGUGCUAGAUAAUUCUUGGGACCCAGCAUUUCCAGUGAUUGAUCCAGAGGCAGGCAAUGAAUUCUUCGCGCCCGUAACCGAACCAAGCUUCUUUUCAACAGGAUUCAGUUUUACGCCAUAUAUCCCUUCAGAUGACGAGCCGCCAAGUAUUCACGCUCAAAUGAAUCAAAUGGUAGAGAAGCUUGUAGAAGAUCACCAUGGAGACCUCACAAUCUAUCAAGCAUUGACGCAAUAUCUCUAUGAGCUCGAUUCUGUUGUUUUGAAAUCAUUCAAGUUCUAUAUUAAUCUAAGCAAGCUGAAAAGCUAUAGACAUUUUGCUCUUUUGAAACUGGAGGAACCAGACUCUGAGGAUUAUACAUUAGUUCCAGAAUUACGGCUCUUCAUAAGAGAAAACCACAUCGUUCUCCCGCUGGCAAUCAAUUACCCUUACAAAGUGGGCAUGCCCCCACCAAUCAACAACAAACUGCUCGAUUAUUAUACUUCAGUCAUGAAUCAAAACCACAAUUUAUUCAGAACGUUUCAAAAUAUAGAGCUACCGAAUGAUACCUUGUAUUACUGGCUCGACGGGUACUGUUUCGAGCUGGAUCUUAAUCUUCUAUCAAAAGAAGUUUCUCAGCUUCUUGAAAAAGGAAAAGAGGUUGGCCUCCCCAAACGCAAACUGUACCAGCUCUUCAGAGCCAUCAACCAGCUCAUAAAGUCCAGGUCCACUGGAGGCCUUGAGAAGUUCCUCGCAGCGCUAUACGUGCAAUCUGGUGGCUUUGAAACAUUUGAGAACUUGCUAAUAAUUGCCUCUGUUUAUAUCAACAAACCUCGCAACAAAAAUGACGAGGUGAUCACUGAAUUCAAGCGCUUAGCAUAA